AUGAGGGCUGUUCAGAAAUUCCUUGCCAUCCUUGCUGUUGCCCUCGUGGCGAUUGGCGCUGCUUCUGUGGUCGCGUGGCCAGAUGAGCCGUGUCGGAUUCCACCGGGCGCACGCAACUUUACACUUGACAAAUAUGCCGGCCUGUGGUAUGAGAUUGGCAAGAUUCAGACGGCUGGUGGGGCUGACAAGACUGUGACAGGCAAAACCAUCGUGGCAAACGGCACGCUGACCAACACCAACGCCACAAACCCCGCGCGCUUCACGGAAAGCUUCUUUCCCUUCACACCCAAGGUCGCCUAUAAUGUGAUUUACUUGGAUGAGAAGUACAGCAUCGAGUACGACUGCGGGCAAGAAGCAGGCAUCACAAACUACUGCUUCCACGUGUUGGCGCGAAAGCCGCAGGUGCCGGAGGAAGAUGUGCAGCAGCUGCUGCAGCUGGCUGUGCGCUUUGAUCUCAACCCAAAGAACAUCCCGUUCAAGCCCACCAAGCAGCAGGGCUGCUGGAACCAGCACCAAGAGUAA